AUGUCUCCUCGUCGUCCUGGCUCUCCUCCUCGGUCCGUCCCUGGAUCGCCUAUGCGUCUCCCUCCUCCAUCUCCUCACCCGCGUACGGACCCAAUCUCCUUCCACCGUCCACCCCCUGUGCACCCUCCACCUCCUGGCUCCGCUCACCGGCCGCCACUGUCACCUCCGUCCUACCAUCCAUUCCGUUACAAUGUCAACCAACCUCCCUCCAUCCUGCACAAUCGCAACGUACAGCUUGUCAACGACAACAACCAAGUUGGCCCUGGCCACGACCCCAACGCUCGUCCUUUCAUCUGCCAGUACGAUGUCUGCGACCGCGCGUUUGCUCGCAAGAGUGACCUCGCCCGCCACAUGCGCAUCCACACCAACGAGCGCCCCUUCCUCUGUGUCCACCGCGGCUGCGGCAAGGCCUUCAUCCAGCGUUCCGCCUUGACAGUUCACACCCGUGUCCACACUGGUGAGCGCCCACACCACUGCGAGAUUUGCAACAAGGCGUUUGCAGACUCAUCUUCCCUGGCGCGCCACCGUCGUAUCCACACUGGCAAGCGCCCCUAUGGCUGCAAGGUCCCUGGUUGUGGCCGCCAGUUUGCUCGUCGCAACACGUACCUCAAGCACUUUAAGCGCCAGCACCCAGACCUCCCUCCCCCUACCUCGAGCUCGGUGCGCGCCCUCCACGUCCCCCCUCGUGCCAGCUCGCAACACCCAUUUCUCGUCUCCGGAGGUGGCCCAGGCAGCGUCUCUGGUUCCGAGGCUCCCGAGUACAGCGUUUCUCCUUCUGUCACCGGUCCCCCCCACUCUUUCGCCGCCUCUCACCCGCCAGAGGGAGCGGCGUUUGCCUUCGCCGGCGGGUUUGUCAACAACCAGCAGUUCCACAACGCCCAGCUCGCCCCCGCCCCCGCAGGCAUCCGCUACUACCACCCCGGCCACCCCGAAGCGCAACCCCAUGGUGGCCCCCCCUCCCUCUCGCACCCCGGAGCCGGGCCCGAGUCGGCUCACCAAGGCCAAGCGCCCCAAGGUGACCGCGCCGAGUUCCAGCAGCAGCAGCAGGUCAACGGCGUUCCCUACCCCGGCGACGGUUCCAACGGCGGGCCCGUCCCGGACUAUGGCGAGCAGUCGGUCUUUGCCUACCAGGACAACUCGAUCCCGCGCCUCCCGAACGGUGCAGUGAUGAACGGACCCGGCGGCUUCUACUUUAAGAACGAGCCCGGUGUUCGCCAGUUCCAGCCCGACCCCAACCACGUCCUCGCUGCUCAGGCUGCCGCGUCGUGGGGUGGCGUUGGUGGCGGCUUUGCUCCCGGCCAGCUUGCGCUCCCAGCCAUGCCUCUCCAGCCCUCGUACCACAACUACAACCUCCAGAUGCACAGUGGCGGCCAGCAAAAGCUUGGCCAGCGUCCUCUGUGCGCCUCGCCUCUUUCUGAGCGUGCCGCCAGCCCCGACCUUGUUGACAUCAACACCGUCCCUGCGAUCAAGUACCAGCAGCCCCACGGCCACACCUUCCCCAUGCCAUUCUCGGCUGUCGACCCCCACGGUCACCUGCAGUCGCCAAUGGCCAUGUCGACCUUGUCUUCGGGACAGGCCCAGCUCCACAGCGCGCCUCCACACAUGCAGCGCUUCCACUCUGCUCCUGGUGUCCCCACCCUCAACGGUGGCUGGAACCAGACCGAGACCCUCAAGUCCAUGCCCCAGCCGGGUUUCGAGAACCGCAACCCUCUUCGUCGCGCUAGUGCCGGCGUCCAGGGGGAGGAGUGGACUCUCGAGGAUAACAUGCUCAGCCGUGAUGCCUCUGACGGCGAGGGCGACUCGGCGUCUGCAAAGGAGGUCAACAACACCAACCCCCAAGUCAAGGUCGAGGGGUGGGCUACCCCUACCGGUGGCUACACCAUGCCCGUGCGCCCCGGCCCGCUUCGGUUCCCUUCCUCGGCGUCGACCACCUCUACCGCUUCGUCGCUCAUGAACGUCACCGCCACCCCUCAGUCUCUGCCACCCAUCGCCGUCUUCCCUCAGGCCAACGGCAUGCAGCACCACCCUGGCUACCCCUACCAGACUCCUCCUCCUCCCGGCUGGAACCAGCCCGGUAUGAAGGAGCAGACCCUUGUCACACCACACAUGCUUGGCCGCCCCGUCUUCAUCCAGCACCACCAGGCCGACGACGACAAUGAGCACCAGAUUACCUUGUCAAGUCCCCCCAAGGUCCCCAUGCCUCGCGACCGCCAGGCCAGUGGCGUUUCCGUCGUCGGUCUCGGCAUUGCCAACGUCACCUUUGUCGACCGCGAGGGCUCCAUCGAGGAUGAGAGCAAGGGCUGGACCCCCUCCGAGUCGGGCUCGCUCGGCGAGGACGAGCUCGAGUCUGACGACGAGGCCAACGAUGACGACUCGGACGACGACUUUGUCCUCGGCGCCAAGCCCAAGCGCAAGUCGAGCACCGGCAAGCGCUCUCGCGGCACCAUGAGCGGUCGUGCACCAACACGUGGCAUGCCCAAGCGCCGUGUUCUUGCCUAA